AUGAGAAUUCUAUUCACCAAGCUCCCAGCGCCUCUGCUGUUCCUGCUUCUGCUACCACCAAUGCAGCUUCAAGGGACUUUCUCGAAUUUCUACCUUCUACCAAAUUUUACACAUCAAGAGUUUGAAAAUUAUAUAUAUGAACUUUAUGGUACAGGGCCUACAAGACCACCUUCCAAAAGAAAAAUUGAAAAAAUAGUCCUUGCUGAGGAAGACUGGAGACCUUUGGAUGAUCCUGAAUACUGUUCACAGGGAAUUAGACUUAGAAAUGUUCAGUAUAAGAUGCGGUGUGUGCAAUAUCAUUACUUCCUUAAAACGACAUAUGAGAUGUUGCAAAAGACCUGCUACAAUACUGUAGUGCCAUGUGAGGAUGGAACUGAUGGAUGUAAGAAGAGUAAGGAAGCAAUAGAAGGGGUGUUUUGUCAGUUAAUAGAAGGAACUGAUAUGCCAAACUGUGACUAUGAAUCUUCUUACAUGCAUGGUUAUGUUCUUAUCACCUGUCGAUGGAACAAUGCAACACGAGAAUUUAUUCCUCAUACUAUAAGUAAUAUGGUACCACAAACCUAG